AUGGCGCCAGCAGCUACUCCAGAGGCGACGUUUAGGAAAGACGAGAAAGUGUUUUGUUUCCAUCACGAGCUGCUGUACGAAGCCAAGGUCCUUGAAGUCCGACCCGUCGAAGGCGACGAGAAGAAGAAUGGCUUCGAGUACAGAGUGCACUAUAAGGGGUGGAAGAACACCUGGGACGAUUGGGUUCCCGAGGACCGCCUGCGCAAGCUAACCCCCGAGAACCGGGAGUUGGCUAACAACUUGAGACACGAGAUGCUGGCCGCUCAACGCGCCGCAAGAGCUCAACCCGCGCCCGCUAAGAAGAAGGCGCAGGGCUCAGUGCGUGGCAGCGAAGAACGGCAAAGCUCUGUCACUGCUGCACCUCGUGGUCAAAAGAGGGUUCGCGACAACGACCUCGAAAAGGAAGAGACAUUCCAGAACAAGCUGGCUGUCAGGAUUUACAUGCCCGACAGGCUGAAGAGCCUCUUGGUUGACGACUGGGAAAACAUCACCAAGAACCUGCAGCUGGUGCAGCUGCCUUCAGCGCAUCCGGCGGGUGUCAUUCUUGAUGAGUAUCAGAAAUACGCCAUUCAAACUGGAGCUCGUAGCAGCACCGAGCGCGACAUUCUUGAAGAGGUGAUUGCAGGUUUGAAAGAGUACUUCAACAAGAGUGUUGGGCGUCUCCUGUUGUACCGCUUUGAGCGCGAGCAGUUUUACGAUAUCUGGACGCGCAUUCAACAGCCGACUGAUGAGCUUGCCGGCAAGACGCUCGCUGAGAUUUAUGGUGGCGAGCACCUUUUGCGCCUCCUGGUUACAAUGCCAGAGCUUAUUGCUCAGACCAAUAUGGAUCACCAGGCAGUCACUCGCUUACGCGAAGAACUCAGCCAGAUGACAACGUGGCUGUCCAAGGAUGCCCAGAUUAACACGUUCUUUGUGCCCACUUAUGAGAGCCCAGGACAAGCCUACAUUGACAAGGUCAAAUCAAGCACGUAG